AUGGCGACUAACCGGAAUCGUCAGACGAAUCUCAUUCGUUUCCUCACCGUCUUCUUCCUUCUUACGACCGCAACAGCAGGAGGAAAGUGGAGUAAUCAAACCCGCCGAGCCAAUCCGAGGGUUCAACACGCGUACUACUCUUACCCUCACCGUUCAUGCGAAUCUUUCUCUCGUCCUUACGCACGCUCUAUGUGCAUUGAGCUCGAAAGAAUCCACAGAAGCAGUCGGCAACCGCUUUUCUCUCCUCCGCCUCCUCCGCCGGAGAUUGACCAAAGGUACGGCGUCGACAAAAGACUCGGAGCAAUAGGCAAAAACCUGUGCCUUAUGGGACCUGCGGUGGAUCUAUGGAAGGAAACACAGAUAGGCAAAACGAGGAAAAAGUACGAGAAGCUAAGCGAGAAGAUUCUGUCUUGGGAAGACAAGAAGAAGAAAAAGGCAAAGAGAAAGCUUCAUAGAACAGAGAGAGGUGUAGAGAAGACAAAGAUGAAGGCGAUGCAGAGGUUCAGUAACGAAAAUGAAAGCAUUGGGAUGAUCGUUGCGAGUGCAAGAGCGCAUGCGUAUGAGAGUCGAAUGAAAGAAGAGAUGAAGGUUAAGGAGAAAGCAAACCUCAUGAGAACAGCUGGACAGAAUCCCUCUGCAUGCCUCUGCUGA